AAAGAAAAAGAAAUAAAAAUCUUGAAAAGUCGUUUUGCUCUGCUCUCUCUCUAUCUCUCAAAUCGGUUCGUUCCUCAGCCAUGCGAACUCAUCCUCUAAAGCUCUCUCUCUUUCUCUCUUUCGUCUUGUAGCUAAGCUUCCAUCUUCAGAUCGAGAUUCGAUUCCAUCAGCUAACUUACUUCGUGUUAUCUUCCACUUGGCAUCUUCUGACGAUGAGUACGAACUGGAAAUCUGUUCGAUUAAGGCUCUGUGCGCGAACUCUACUGUUUUUGCUAGCGAGUUUGAGCUUCGAUUCGUGUUUUUCGUUUGAAAACGAAGAAGGUGUGACGAGAGAUCUAUGGACUGAUGAUAGAGAUGACUUGGAUUCGAGAGGUGUUAGUUUCCACAGGAAGUUACUUGGUCGUUACCGUAACCCCUACACUCAUUUGAAUACGUUUAAGGAUCGUCCUCCUGUGGCAGCUGUUACACCAGCGUCAUCUUCUGUUCCUUCUCAGAGAGGUAGAACCAGUAAGACUCCGACAUUGCAUUCACCACGAAGAAGUCCACCUGCCCUGCAUGUUUCUGCUCCACCUCCUUCUGUGUCCCUUUCAAAUACUCCUAGCGUAAAAAGAAGUUCUUCAAGCAGCAUGGUUCCUAUUGUGGCUGGCUGUGUUGGCGGUGCUGUGUUUUUGCUUCUUUUAGCUACUGGUGUCUUCUUUUUCAAAAGUAAGGCUGGUGAAUCUGUGAAUCCUUGGAGUACAGGUCUUAGUGGACAACUUCAGAAAGUUUUCAUAACUGGUGUCCCAAAACUGAAAAGAUCUGAGAUCGAAGCUGCCUGUGAAGAUUUCAGUAAUGUCAUUGGGUCUUGUCCUAUUGGUACAUUGUUCAAAGGGACUUUAUCGAGUGGAGUGGAGAUAGCUGUGGCUUCUGUUGCUACUGCUUCUGCCAAAGAAUGGACUAAUAACAUAGAAAUGCAGUUCAGAAAGAAGAUUGAAAUGCUAUCCAAGAUAAACCACAAGAACUUUGUCAACCUUCUUGGCUACUGUGAAGAAGAUGAGCCUUUCACUAGGAUCUUGGUCUUUGAAUACGCAUCAAACGGAUCUGUCUUUGAACAUUUACACUAUAAAGAAUCAGAACACUUGGACUGGAUAAUGCGGCUAAGAAUAACAAUGGGUGUAGCAUAUUGCCUUGACCACAUGCACGGACUCAAGCCACCUAUAGUCCACAGCAAUCUUCUCUCAUCAUCACUUCACCUCACAGAGGAUUACGCAGUCAAAAUCGCAGAUUUCAAUUUCGGUUACCUAAAAGGCCCAUCAGAGACAGAAACCAGCACUAAUGCACUCAUUGACACGCACGUCUCAGUCACAACCCAAGAAGACAACGUCCACAGCUUCGGUUUGCUGAUGUUCGAAAUAAUGACCGGGAAACUCCCAGAGUCUGUCAGAAAAGGUGACUCAGUAGAUACCGGUUUAGCUGAGUUCUUGAGAGGCAAGACUCUGAGGGAGAUGGUGGAUCCAACGCUGGAAUGUUUUGAUGAGAAGAUUGAGAGUAUAGGCGAAGUGAUCAAAAGCUGUGUAAGAACAGACCCGAAACAGAGACCGACGAUGAAGGAAGUCACAGGGAGGUUACGAGAGAUCACAGGAUUGUCACCAGACGAUGCUAUUCCGAAACUUUCAGCUCUCUGGUGGGCAGAGCUGGAAGUGCUGUCCACUGCGUGAGAAAGAAAGAGUACUACUACGUUGCUUCAUGACGAAUCUGUUUUGAAGUAACAUAGAGUAUCCCGAUUCAAGUAUUUGUUUGCUCGAUCCAAGAAUUUAGUUAAGAUGAUGGAGUUGAAGAAACAGCCUACAAAGUAAUGAAAAAAAAAUAUAUCGUCACGUUUGUCAUGAAACUAGUAUUACAUGAUGGUGUGGAUUUAGUCAGACUAUAGA